AGAGACGGAGACGGAAAGAUGUAGCUUUGAAGUCCUAUAUAUAGAGCCAAAAGCCUCCAUAAAAACAGUGAUAGAGGGAAGCACGAAGGUUCAACCCGCAGAAGCGUAUAGAUCAGAUAAAAAUUUCGAAAGGAGAAUACUGCUCUUUUCUCCUUCGACUUGCUGCUGCAGAAUUUGAUCCUGAAGAACGAUCACCUGCCUGGGUACUACUGCAUAUUCCUCUGUUGGGGAAGAACCUGUGGCCAUGGAAGCAUUGGCAUCUCCAUGCUAUUCUGACAUGGGAAUGGAUCAGAGUUUCUUGAAUCAGUGGGAGUUGACCAAUUUAGAUCAGUUCGGCACACAACAACUAGAACUAGCCCUCGGGCAAGAUCUAGAACGAUCUCCCUCCUCUGAAAGCUACACGUCAUACUCUUCCUUCCAUCCACCAGCGAGCACCGAGAGGGCCAAGAAACUCAUCAAGACCAGCAGCUGGAGUUCUUGCACCACCGACAAGAACUCGGCGGCGCUCUCGGAUGCCUCGUGUCCAAGAAUCCUGUCAUUUGGCAACCCGGAAUCACCACUUUGUCACUCCAACCUGAGUCACGCUGUAACGAUGAAGAAGAAAGAAGAGACGGAUGUCUCGAUUCCCUCAAAGAGGAACUACGGUGCCAUGUCCGGAGAUGGAACCAAGAGGGCGAACGCGGGGGCCAGGCCGGCCUCUCAUAACCAGGAACACAUCAUGGCCGAGAGAAAGCGAAGAGAGAAGCUCAGCCAGAGAUUCAUAGAGCUAUCCGCGGUGGUUCCUGACCUAAAGAAGAUGGACAAAGCUUCUGUUCUCGGAGAUGCUAUCAAGUACCUGAAGCAACUUCAGGAGAAGGUUACGAGCCUCCAAGAUCAAGUUACACAGAGGAACGUUGAAUCGGCAGUGCUUGUCAAGAAAUCUCAGCUCUGUGCAAAUGACGAUAGCUCCUCCUCCGACGAGAACUUCGACGAGAGCCUCCCGGAGAUCGAGGCCAGGGUGUGCGACAAGACUAUCCUCAUCAAGAUUCACUGCGAGAACCGGAAAGGGAUAUUGGUGAAAGCGCUCUCUGAGAUCGAGAAGCUCCACCUUUCUGUAACGAACACGAGCGUCAUGCCUUUCACCAGCUCUUCUCUCGACAUCACCGUGAUGACUCAGACCGAAGAGGAGUUCUCCAUGACAGCCAAAGACCUGGUGAAGAAGCUGAAUUCUGUUUUCAGAGAAUCCAUGUGAUGAAGCGAAUCGAGCUCUAUGUAGAAAAGAAAGGUUUAUGGCGGUCUGCCUCUUUUUCGUGUUUUUCCCCCUUUUGUUUUAAGCUAGUUUCGGUUCCCAGUCUUUUCCAGUAUCAUCAUCAUCAUCUUCUUCUUCUUCUUCUUCAUCCUCCGAAGGUCACCAUUUCCCCCCUGUUUUGCUGCAUGAGUUUCAUCCUCAGGCUCUUUUUGCUCCUCUUUUUCACAAGCUUUUUUACAUGGUUGAGCCGCUCGUUCAUGUUUUCACAAGAGAAGAGCGAGACACUCACUCGGGUUCUGUUGAGCUUUUGGUUUUUGAGGACUUUGUGGGGGAAGUUGACUUUUGAAUUCGUUUCUUAUCUUCCCUUCCCUUGUAGCCCUUUCCUCUGAUGAGUUCGACGAUCGAAACUUGCUUCCUCGGUCCCCGAUCAAUGUUCGUUUGAUCCUGGAAGCCCGAGUAGGUGCUCUUCUUAGUUCCGGAGGACGACUGACUCUUGUUUCAGAAGUUUGAGGUGAUCCUUCAUGAUGGCCAUACGAAUAAUUCCUAGCUGUUCUUUCUUGCUUGUGUAGUCUUGUGGAGAUCUGUAAGGAAAAAAGCAGACAUGUAGCAUGGCAGAUAAUUACUAAUAAAUGGUUUCCAAGGCUCCUCGUCGCAUGUUAUGAGCUGUGAGCCCUUUUUCUUA